GGCAGAGGCGCUCAGAGCACGGAGAGCCAAAGCCAAAUACAAAUCAAAACAAAUCAAGGACGACGUAUUCGUUCUCAUUCAACUGCUCAACCUCUAACCGACUCUAAAACCCUAACCCUAAAACCCUACCAAUGAGAUUUUGAGCCUUGUUGGAGCUGAACCAAUCACUCCCGAAAACCCUUGCUGAUCGAUACCAGCAUCGGCGCCAUGGAGAUCGACCCCUCUCAGUCCACGAAGCACAAGGCCGAGGCUUUACAGGGCUUCGCAGCUGGCCCUCUCUCGACUUCUCUAGCCAAACUUUCUGGUUCGUCUCGGGGCAUACCGUCCGAUAAAGACUUCCAUUUCUAUCGCAACUUCAAUGAAUUCCGGGCGCCGGUGAACGAGAUUGUCGACGCUUCCCAAUCAAUGCUCGGCACAAUUGGCUCGUCGGCUAAUCUAUGGGGUCGAGAGUUGGGCUUUCCUGAGGAUCUUGACGACGCGUACGACUGGCUGGUGAACGUGAACGAUGAGGUUUUCGAGAGGUUCGACGUGUCGGUGGAUGAGUUUCGGAGCCUGAGAAGGAAGGAAGAGGAGACCGGGGUGCCAAUGACGAGUUCGGUGGAUUUCGAUAGUGGCUUUCAGGUAGUGUAUGGGAAGAAGAAGAAGAAGAAGGAUGGGGGGGAGGUGCCGAAUUCUUUGUCCGCAGUGAAGUUGGCUUCCAGGGAUAAGAGAACCAUGGGGCCGAAGGCGAAGGUGCCGUUUCAUAUACGGUCAAUCCCUCGGCCGCAGGACGAGUUUAAGAUACUGGUGAAUAAUUCGACCCAGCCGUUUCAGCAUGUCUGGUUGCAGAGGAGCGAGGAUGGCUCCAGGUCUGUACAUCCACAGGAAAAUUUCACUGCCUUGGAUUUUGUUGAUAAAAAUAUCGGAGACUUUGAGUCUUUGAAGCCACCUCCACUUGAGUCUACUCCUUUCAACUAUGUGGAUGAGGUUAAAGACUUGAAAGAAUUAGUUGCUAAGCUGCGUGAUGUGGACGAAUUUGCGGUUGAUUUGGAACAUAAUCAGUAUCGAUCUUUUCAAGGAUUAACUUGUCUGAUGCAAAUCUCAACUAGAACCGAGGAUUUUGUUGUUGAUACACUGAAGCUUCGCAUUCAGAUUGGUCCUUAUCUGAGGGAACUAUUCAAAGAUCCUACAAAGAAAAAGGUUAUGCAUGGAGCAGAUCGUGAUAUUUUGUGGCUCCAGAGGGACUUUGGCAUCUACAUCUGCAAUCUGUUUGAUACUGGGCAGGCCUCGAGAGUAUUGAAGUUGGAAAGAAAUAGUCUGGAGUAUCUUCUGUUUCACUUUUGUGGAGUGACGGCUAACAAAGAAUACCAAAAUGCAGAUUGGAGACUUCGCCCUCUUCCUGAAGAGAUGCUCAGAUAUGCCAGAGAGGACACACAUUAUUUGCUGCAUAUAUAUGAUCUGUUGAGAAUUAGGCUGCUCUCAGAAAAAUCUGAUGACCUACUGGUAGAGGUCUACAAGCGGAGUUAUGAUUUAUGCAUGCAGCUCUAUGAGAAGGAACUUCUGACAGAGAGUUCAUACCUCCACAUAUAUGGUUUGCAAGGUGCUGAUCUCAAUGCCCAGCAGCUUGCAGUUGUUGCAGGACUUUGUGAAUGGAGAGAUGUUGUUGCCCGUGCUGAGGAUGAGAGCACUGGUUAUAUAUUGCCAAACAAAACACUUCUUGAAAUUGCCAAACAGAUGCCUGUUACUACAACUAAGCUGCUUCAUUUGGUGAAAUCAAAGCACCCAUGCGUUGAGCGAAAUCUCAAUUCAGUUGUUAGUGUCAUAAAGCAGUCCAUGCAGAAUGCUGUUGCCUUUGAAACUGCUGCUGAGCGCUUAAAAGAGGAGCGUAUGGAAAAGGCAUCCCAACGAAAUAUAGUGUCUACUGAUAGAAGUGAGGCUCCUCCUGAAGUCCCUGUUGGAUUAAAGACCACAGCAACAACAGAAAAUCAGGGUGCUGGCAUGUCUGGAGAACCUCCAGCUCCUUCACAUUUUAGGGGGACUUUGAAGCUUGAAAGCAAUUUUGCUGAAAUUAGUAAAAAUGUACAGGAAGGUGCUUUGGAACAUAAUGGUGGUCAAAAUGCAAGCAUAGAAAGUCAAACAAGUGACAAUGCCAGCAGGCUUCAAGGAGAAAGCCCCAUCACUUCAGGGCAGAGCAAAGAGGGUGCCAUAGCUGCUAUUCACGUGCUACAGAAGCCAAGCCAUGCUUUUGGGGCAAUGCUGGGGAGUUCUUCAGGGAAGAGAAAGUUGGUUUCUGAUAAAAAAGAAAAGGAAGCAAUGAAGCUGGAGCAGAUACAAUCUUCAGUAAGCUUUCCAUUCCAUUCAUUCUCCGGGAUGGAUGAACAGUUGCAACCGCCUGUGGAAGGUAUGCGCCACGACUUUCCUCCAGCUGUCCAAGGUGGAGUGUCCAACUUAGGAGAUGUUAUACUGCUAGACUUUCCUCCAGCUGUCCAAGGUGGAGUGUCCAACUUAGGAGAUGUUAUACUGCUAGACGACAAUGCAUGUGUUGAGGGAACAUCGUCUGGUGAACCCACAAGGGAACAGUUGGACCACAACGAAGAACACAUUGAAGGUUCUGAUUUCGAAAUGGCUGAGGGAGAUGAGGCCAUGUCUCUCACUGACUUAUCCUCCAGCUUCCAAAGGUGUUUCCAGUCAACCAGCCAAGCAAGAAAGCUCAAACAAGCCGGAACGUCCAAAGAUCCUGAAGGGCUUUUGCAGUUGAAGCCAUUCGACUAUGAAGGUGCAAGGAGGCAGAUCAAAUUCGGGGAGGGAUCAAGGGCAGAACCUAAGGAAAAGGGUGACGAAGGCCAUGCUGAUAGGAGUAGGGUUGAUCCAGUGGAUAGGGCAAGUAGUGCAGCUACGAGCGCUGGUGACUCUCAGUCUCAGUCUCAGUCUCAGUCUCGUAGGGAUGAUGAAGGUACUAGAAACUUGGCGCAGGGUAGAAGGCGCCAGGCCUUCCCAGCGAGUGGGAACCGAAGUGCGACUUUCCGUUGAGUGGAGGGAGGCGGGGGGCAUGGGUAAAUCUGAGAAGAAGGUUGGGUUUCCGAGUAAUGGUAGAUGAGAAGAGAAACAAGGGAAUAUAACAGAAAUGAACCGAAAUGCUUUUGAACUUGCUUUCCAGUUUAUAUGACUAGUAAAAUGAAUGUGAACCGUGGCUUGUGCUUGUGCUUGUGCUUGCAGUAGUUAACUGCUGCUGCUAAUGGUAUAAUAGUAGUUGCUUUUAUAUAUCGUGUUAAGUAGUCAUCUUAAUAAUGCCUUUGCUGAGUAGUAUGGUUGAAAUGGGUUGGUGUUGGGUCUGCUUCA